CGGCGAACUCGUUUUCCGGCAUUUCAGACAUCAGCUUCUUUUCGCCCCAUUCUGACUUACGGCAAAGCAGACGACGUUUAGGAACGAGGCUGUGCGCCGCAGCAGUUUCAAAGCUCCGAGAAUCGCAAAUGGCCGAGCAAUUUUCUCCAGGCAAGUCGACCGACCGGGUCUGUACCUUUCUUUUCAAAAAGCCUGGGCGGAAAGGAGCUGCUGCAGGCCGCAGAAAGCGGCGGAUCUGUGAGCCGGAACCCGGAGAAAGCAGCAGCAGCGAUGAAGGCAGCACAGUGGUUCGACCGGAGAAGAAGCGGGCGACCCACAAUCCCAUGAUCCAGAAAACCCGGGGCAGCGGCAAACCCAAAGCAGCCUACGGUACAUUAAGUAGCGAGGAGGAAGAGGAAAAUGCGCCCGAGAGCCUUGGCGUGGUCUACAAGUCCACCCGCUCUGCGAAACCCGUGGGGCCAGAAGACAUGGGGGCGACAGCUGUGUAUGAGCUGGACACCGAGAAGGAGCGUGACGCACAGUCUAUCUUUGAGCGUAGCCAGAAGAUCCAGGAGGAGCUGCGGGGCAAGGAAGAUGACAAGAUCUAUCGGGGAAUCAAUAAUUACCAGAAAUACAUGAAACCCAAGGAUACCUCCAUGGGCAAUGCCUCCUCCGGGAUGGUGAGGAAGGGCCCCAUCCGAGCGCCCGAGCAUCUGCGAGCCACCGUGCGCUGGGAUUACCAACCCGACAUCUGUAAAGACUAUAAAGAGACUGGCUUCUGCGGCUUCGGAGACAGCUGCAAAUUCCUCCACGAUCGUUCAGAUUACAAGCACGGGUGGCAGAUCGAACGUGAGCUUGAUGAGGGUCGCUAUGGUAUCUAUGAGGACGAAAACUACGAAGUGGGAAGCGAUGAUGACGAAAUACCAUUCAAGUGUUUCAUCUGUCGCCAGACCUUCCAAAACCCUGUUGUCACCAAGUGCAGGCAUUAUUUCUGCGAGAGCUGUGCCCUGCAGCAUUUCCGCACGACCCCACGCUGUUAUGUCUGUGACCAGCAGACCAAUGGCGUCUUCAAUCCCGCCAAAGAAUUGAUUGCUAAACUGGGAAAGCAUCGAGCGAUGGAGGAUGAUGCUUCUGAUUUCCCAGAAGACCCCGAGGAAGGACCGAUCCCCAUCACUUAGAUUUCCAUUCUUCCCAAAUCUCAAAAUAAAUUCUUCGCUGCCCAUUUUA